GCUGUGGGAGCCUGCCGUCGAAACAAAUCCCAUCGCCGAGGGGUGGGAAGCAGAAGCAGCAGAUGCAUAUAAAGACCGCUGGGACCCGCGCUGCCUCGGGCUGCCCUCCACCCACUUCCUCAUCGGCGCUCGACCGGCCUCGCUCUGCCCGCGUCCUGCUGUACCUCUCCCUCCGUGUGAACCAACCAUGUCCGCCGAAGAGACCUACGAAGUCGACCAGAAGAUCCACCAGCACGCCUCGGCGAUCAAUGAUCUCGAGGCCGGCGAUGCUGAGUUUGAUGCCCAGGUCCAGGCCCAUGCCGCUCUUGAGGCCGAGAUCAACAAGGAGCGUGACGCCAAGAUCAUGGCCAAUCCCAAGCGCUUCCCUCCCGCCAUCUAUACCAUCAUCCCCAACGAGUUUGCCGAGCGCUUCUGUUUCUACGGCCUGACCCCCUUGCUCAACGACUUCUUUUCAAAGUUCCUUGGCAUGGAUCUCAUCACCGCCGAUGUCUGGUAUCACCUGUUCAAAUCCCUUGCGUACUUCCUCCCUCUGGUUGGCGCUGCCCUCUCGGACUCGUUCAUGAACAAGUACAACACCAUUGUGUCGCUCUCGGUCGUCUACACCAUCGGCAUGGCCAUGCUCUCCAUCUUUUCCAAGCCAGGCGUCCUCGGCAUUCCCGGCCAGAUCCCCUGGACUUGGCCCCUCAUCAGUCUGGUCCUCAUCGCCCUUGGUACCGGUGGCAUCAAGCCCUGUGUCUCUGCCCACGCUGGUGACCAGUUCCUGUCCAUCCAGACCACCCAGCUCAACGUCUUCUACAACUACUUCUACAUCGCCAUCAACGUCGGCGCCCUGAUUGCUGGUUUCGUCACCCCUGCGAUCCAGCUUAUGAACUGCUUCGGUGCCGCAAAAGACUGUUACGCCUGGGCCUGGGGUACUUGUACCAUCAUGAUGGCGUGCUCUCUUAUCGUCUUCGUCGCUGGCCACCGCCUCUACAGAACUGUCCCUCCUGCCGGCUCCUUCAUCCCCUGGGAGCUUGCCAAGAUUGCUGGCAUCUAUGUCCACAAUGGCUUCAAGUUCGGCUGGGCCGAGGCUCGUGUCAAGACCGAGGAGCGUGUCGGCAAGGCCAUGGUUGUCGAACUGUUUGACCUCCUCAAGGUUAUCUACGUCCUCCUGCCGUCGCCCAUCUUCUGGACCGCCUUUGACCAGAACGGCUCCUCCUGGUUGCAGCAGGGUCAGCAAAUGCAGUACCCCGGAUGGUUCGACUAUAACACGGCCUCGGCCGUCAUCAACCCCCUUUGGAUUGUUGUCUUGGCCCCUAUCUUCUCCAACUACCUCUACCCUGCCAUCGAGAAGCGAUUCCCUGGCAAGUUUGGUCUCUUGGCGCGCAUGACCGUCGGUCAGUUCCUGGCCGGUAUCUCGUUCUUCAUCUGCGCCAUCUUCCAAUCCGUCAUCGAACGUGAUUGCGUCACCACCACGCUCGACGACGGAACCAUCGUCUGUAUCUCCCCGACUUUCUCCAUCUUCUGGCAGUUCGUGCCCUACCUGGUCAUCACCGCCGGCGAAGUCCUUUUCUCCAUCAGCGGCCUCAACCUGACCUACGUCGAAGUCGGCAAGCGCACAAAGUCCUCCUGCGGUGCCCUCUGGCUGCUCACCGUCGCCAUCGGCAACGUGCUCACCAGUAUCCUCUUCAGAGCCCUCGCCUCGUGGUCUCGCACGGCCUUCUUCAUUUUUAUCGGUGCUCUCUGCAUCGUCUGCUCGUUCCUCCAGUGGCUCGUCUCCCGCAACUAUGUCUACAAGGCCGACCGUCCGGAGCAUGCCCACGAGCACGCCCACAAGGAAGCCGCAACCACCGUCACCAAGCUCGAGAACUAGAGACCGUGCACUCUGCUCUUGGCGUGCCGGAGCAUGCCGCGGGCGAGUCUAUCGAGCUCUGUCCUUUUGAUCAGUGUCUCUGUCCCAAGUUCCAGACCAUGCACGGUGCAAUGCAGUCGACGCAUUUGUGGGGGGCCUCCCGGACUCGCCGCACCUGCCACACUGCUUCUUGUGCCUCUCGCCCUGUUGUGUAUUUCUUGAUGUGUCCGCUUCUAUCCUCGCCGCCUGUGUAUUGAGGGAGGUUUGAUUGGCGAUUCACCUCGAUAUCUCAGUAAUAUCUCUUCUAUGUUGUAAAGAUAAAGCGAAAGCAAGGUGAUUUGCCUCUA